UAAACUUCGAUAUCUUCUCUUAAGAAAACAGUCUUCUACGUAAUUGGGUUUGUUCCUGUCUCUUCAGUGUUCACGAAAAGCAUAUUUUGGGUUUCUAUUCAAGCUUGGAAUUGGAAGUUACUGUCAUUGUUCCUUCUUUUUGAUCUUCCCUACAAUCACAUCAAAAACCUUUCCAUAUCUUCUUCGUCAACACUUCUGAAAUUCUCCAUCGCCGAUUUUGCCUCGCACCUCCAUUCUAGGUUUACUCUGCCGGACCCUCCCUCUUAUCAUGUGCUCUUCUCCAUGGCGAACUUGAGGACCGACUCUCCAGUCGCUUGUCGCAUCGUUCGUGCCUUUCUCGACUUCCUUAACUCCGUGGAACCUGGCCCAGGUGUUGAUGUUGAAGGCCUCGAGGUCGCAAAACAAUGCUUAGAACAAGUAUUUCGAGUUGAGUCUCCUGCUGCCGACGAAUUAACGGACUUUGAUUCGCUAGUAGAAAUUUUUGGUUCACCGGAAUCUUUUCAGCGGUCUCGAACUAGUUCAUUUGUUGAUAAUGGAGCUGUUCCAUUGGAUCAUCGCAGUCCCCUCAAUGUGAAUGAUUCUGAUGCCAAUUUGUCACCGUCGAAACAUCAGGGCGGAGAUAGCUCAAGAGAAUCUCAUCCCGUAGGAGUAUUCCAAGAUGAACUUUUUGGGCAAUUUGUUCUUGCACUUGAAAAACUUCACUAUUUUAGGACCACAGCAGAUGGGAGGGAUGAUCCUGACCAACUUGAGCGAGCAACACGUUUGUUUCAUGAGGCUCUUGGCGAGAUGGAAAGAUCCGGAUGCACUGAAAUUAAUCACAAAAAUCUGGCCGAGUCCCUGAAAUCCCUUGGUACCAAUGACUUUACAAAUCUCUACUCUAGUAACAGGGCUAUGAAGUCAAAACUUUACUCUGACGCAAUUGAGUUGUAUAGCUGUGCAAUUGCACUAUGUGAGAAUAAUGCCAUUUACUACUGUAACAGGGCAGCUGCUUACACCCAAAUCCAGAAAUACUCUGAAGCAACAAUAGACUGUUUGAAAUCCAUAGAAAUUGACCCAAAUUAUAGCAAGGCAUAUAGUCGUCUGGGCUUGGCUUUAUAUGACCAGGGGAACUAUCGCGAAGCUAUUGAUAAAGGAUUUAUGAGAGCGUUGCAGUUGGAUCCAAACAACGAAGCUGUCAGGGAAAAUAUUCGAGUAGCUGAACAGAAGUUAAAGGAAGCACAGCGACAAACUCAACAUGAGCAGUGAUGCUGCACCUUCACGGUUUAUCGUCAAUGGUGGUUUAAUUGUAUGCAGAGUUCAGGAAGUCGAACUCAGGGUUCAACAAGUCGAAGUCAAGAAUCACAAAGUCAGACUCGUGGUGGUGGGUCAAGGAAUGACAGCUCCCCAUCUCCUUCUCCUCCUUUCCCUUCUAUGCCAUUUAAUGUGACUCUACCUACCGAAUUUUCAAACGUGUUUAUGAACAUGGCUGCUAAUGCUACAAACACAUUCCACGGGCAACAUCCUGAAGGUGGAGAAGAGAAUCAGAAUCAAAGCAGAAAUGGUUGGGGAGAUCAAAAUAUGGAUGGGAAUUUCAGUUUCAGCAUUGGAGAUGGAAUGACACAGGAUCUGAAUGGUGCUUUGAGAUCAAUGAUGCAAAUGUUUACAGGAUCAGCCCCUAGUGGAAACCCUCAACAAGAUCAUUUCGAUGGAAGACCCCCACAAGGCUAAACACAUUUGUUCCCUUUAUUGCACAGAUGUUCCUCUCUCUCUCUCUCUCCUUUUUCUUUCUUUUUUGUUUCUUUUGUUUGUUUGUUUGUUUUUUCUUUUUUUUCUUUUUUCUUUUUUUUUUUUGGUUCUCUCUUAUUUAAUUAACUUUUUUCCUUUCUCUCUUGUUUGGUAUGAAUCUUUGCGACAAAAAUCUAUGGCUUUAAACAGAUUCAACCUUCAAAUAAAUGUAUAAACCAUUUGCCUUCUUAUUUA